UCCUUUUGUUUAGGUAAUAGUUUUGGCUAUCAAGUUUGCUGUGGAUUCAAAAUGACCAACGAAGAACCUCUUCCCAAAAAGGUUCGACUGAGUGAAACCGACUUCAAAGUUAUGGCAAGAGAUGAGUUAAUUCUAAGAUGGAAACAAUAUGAAGCAUAUGUUCAAGCUUUGGAGGGAAAGUACACAGAUCUUAACUCAAAUGAUGUAACUGGUUUAAGGGAGUCUGAAGAAAAGCUAAAGCAACAACAACAAGAAUCUGCACGCAGGGAAAACAUCCUUGUAAUGCGACUAGCAACCAAGGAACAAGAGAUGCAAGAGUGUACUGUUAACCAAACAGGUAAAAAGUUAAUGGCGAAGUGUCGAAUGCUUAUCCAGGAGAACCAGGAGCUGGGAAGGCAGCUGUCCCAGGGCCGUAUUGCACAGCUUGAAGCAGAGUUGGCUUUACAGAAGAAAUAUAGUGAGGAGCUUAAGAGCAGUCAGGAUGAACUGAAUGACUUCAUCAUUCAGCUUGAUGAGGAAGUAGAGGGCAUGCAGAGCACCAUUUUGGUUCUUCAGCAGCAACUGAAGGAGACUCGCCAGCAGUUGGCUCAGUACCAGCAGCAGCAGUCUCAAGCCUCUGCUCCAAGCACCAGGAGGACUACGUCUUUGGAGCCGGGAGAGCAGACGGAGAUCACAAAUAAAGACUGCAGUCGUCUGGCAAAUGGACCAAGUAAUGGCAGUUCCUCCCGUCAGAGGACGUCUGGGUCUGGAUUUCACAGGGGGGGGAGCACACCUGAGGAUGACUUUGCUUCUUCUCCAGGGAGUGGGAAUAAGGCCUCCGACAGCUCAGAGGAAAGAACUGGCAGAGGAGGUAGUGGUUACGUGAACCAGCUCAGUGUGGGUUAUGAAAGUGUAGACUCUCCCACGGGCAGUGAAAACUCUCUCACACACCACUCAAAUGACACAGACUCCAGUCAUGACCCUCAAGAGGAGAAAGCAGUGAGCGGGAAAGGUAACCGAACUGUGGGUUCCUGCCAUGUCCAGAAUGGCUUGGACUCAAGUGUAAAUGUACAGGGUUCAGUUUUGUAACAUUUUUCCAGCAAAUUUUUAUACAGUGUCAUUUAAUUUGGGAGGAGAUACUGUCUAGAAAAUUAAUGCAUACUUUUGUCAUAACUUGCCUUUUUUGUGGGUGUGUAUUUUUGUUUGUUUGAUUUUUUUGUGUGUGUUUUUGUUGUUGGGUUUUUGUUUGUUUGGGGGUUUUUUUGGUUUUUUUUUUUUUUUUUUUUUUUUUGCUUCAAUACCUCUGCCACAUUGGAAAUUGUACCAGUUAAUUUCUUUGUUGCUAAAAGGACAUUUUGUGUAGGGUCAAGUUAUUUUUCUAUGCGUUAAUGUGAAGUUGUAAAUGGAAAUCUUUCCUUAAAGUAUAACACAAUGAUGUCUGUAUAAAUCUGUGUCUACCUAAAACCUGUGCUGUGUAAGGGCAUUCUUACUCACGCUGUUGUGCACUUCUGCACCAUUCAGAUUUGGUAGAGUAGAUGUGGUUUAUGACUGCCAAGUUCGCCCAGUACAGUAGUUUUUAAUCACUAAAAGUUGGGCUUGUUGACGGAGUCCUAUAGUAGUUUCCAUGUUAGAUAACAGUUUUUCCCACCAUACAUCUGUGCAUUUUUUCUUUAGGUGACUGAAUGUUUAAGAAAUUUGUGUGCAUAGUUGCUCAGUUUUUAUGAACUGUCGUAUCCUGUUAAUGCAUAUUGCUCUGUGACUCCAGUAUAUCUUACCUGUACUGACCAAACCUGAAUAAAGAUUUUUAUUGUAACUUCA